GCAUGUCGAAACCAGCGAAGACCCCGGGCAGACGCGCAAAAAAGAGGAAGGAGAGCUUCGCCAUCUACUUGAAGAAGGUACUCAAGCAGAUUCACCCCGACAUCGACAUCUCGUUCAAAGCCAUGACAAUGAUGAACUCGUUCGUCAACGACAUCUUCGACUGCAUCGCCCGUGAAGCGUCUCGCCUGACUCGCUACAACAAGCGCUCCACCAUCUCUUCCCGGGAGAUCCAGACCGCCGUGCGUCUGCUUCUUCACGGUGAGCUGGCCAGGCACGGGAUGACACAGGGAACCAAGGCCGUCACCAGGUACACCAGCUCCGCUGGUCGCCCGACUGUUGAAUCACAAGCCUUGUAACGUGCAUAUAAAUAAGUAAAUAAACUCUCCCUACAAACACAAGCUCACCACAACCCUCGAGGGAGUCCACUUUAUGAGGCAUAUGGGUCAGUACAAUAAAAGACUGAAUCAUUCGCAUGGAUCGGUCCAAGGAAUCCUCCUGGCACAGAGGAAAUCCUGAAGCUAAUGUUCCUGACUUUUCAAACUGUGAGUCCUUUUUGUUCCUUCAACCCAAACGACAAAACGUGGUUAAAAAAAAAGGUUUUGGGACUGAUUCAACACGCAAGCGCAGCAAGACGGAAUGUGUGAACAUCUUUUAAUUUCAUGCAAGACAAUUUUCUUUCAAAUCAAAUGUAUAA